AUGGCCGUGCCGGUGUGGUUCUUCUCGUUGGCCUUGCUUGGCGCUCUCCAUGUCGUUGCCAUCAGCUUCCGCCUCAUCGCCUACUUCUCGGUCUUCCUCCGCAGGCCCAUUGACCUCCGCCACCGGUACGGCGCCUGGGCUAUCGUCACCGGCCCAACGUCCGGCAUCGGGCGCUCCAUGGCCCUGGAGCUCGCGGAGAGGGGCCUCAACCUCGUCCUCGUCGGCCGCGACCCCGCCAAGCUCAGGGACAUCUCCGAGACGAUCUCCAGGGCUCACGCCGCCGUGCAGAUCAAGACCGUGCUGUUCGAUUUCUCCCUCGUCUCCACCGCGCAAGGCGACGAGGCGAUGCGGCGGCUCCGGGAAGCCGUGGCGGGGCUGGACGUAGGGGUGCUGGUGAACAACGCGGGCGUGGCGAAGCCGGGCGCGGUGUACCUCCACGAGGUGGACGCGGAGGCCUGGGUGAGGAUGAUACGGGUGAACGCGCUGGCCCUGACGGAGGUGACGGCGGCGGUGCUGCCGGGGAUGCUGCGGCGAGGGAGGGGCGCCAUCGUGAACAUCGGCUCUGGCUCAUCGUUCGCCCUCCCGUCCUACCCCCUCUACUCCGUCUACGUAGCCACGAAGCGGUACGUUCUUGAGUUCUCCAGUAGCCUUUCCGUGGAGUACAAAAGCAGAGGAAUCGAUGUGCAAUGUCAGGUCCCGUUCCUGGUGGAGACAAACAUGGUGUCGAGCGCGGCCAGGGUCAUCCGGCAGUUCGUGCUGACCCCGGAUGCCUACGCGCGUGCGGCGGUGAGCUGGAUUGGGCACGGAUCGCUGUGUGUGCCCAACGCCGUCCACCGCCUCCAGGGAUGGUACCUGUACCUCUGCUGCUUCUCGCCGGAUUUCACCGAUAGGGGCUUGCUGCGGCGAAAUCUGAAGCAGAGGGUUAUCUUUCGGAGGCUCAGGUCAUGGAGGAAAUCACAGGGCAACUAUGAAGAAUGGAGGCUAGCAUCAUCCUCAAAGAGAUACACGAGACGUGCGGGAAUGUUAACAGUUUUAUGGUCAAUUUUGCUCGGUGAGAUGCCAACGAGCUGGCUCAUUUGUGUGCUAAGCAAGGCAAUUCAUCCAGAAGGAAGUGCUUAUGGAUUAGUUAUAUAUCGUGAGUGUAGCGUCAAAAACACUCUUAUAUUAUGA